AUGACUGCGUUUCGUCGACGUCAAAAAUUGUUUGCCAGAUUGAAAAAUCGCGAAAAAACAACGAAACUCUUUAACAGCAUCACUGGUAGAAGUAGUACUGGUGGCGCUGCUAGCACCACCAACAUUGCUUCCUCUUCUUCUGGCUCUAGUAAAGAUGAUACGCUGGUCUACAUACUCGGAGGUAUCGUCGCGAUGUUUUUCAUUUGUAAUAUUCCAGCGGCACUUAAUUUAUUAUUUAUUAAUGAGACAAUUAAGCUGCGUGUCGAUUAUCAGAUUUUUCGUGCUGUAGCAAAUUUACUUGAGAUUACCAAUCACGCUUCGCAGUUUUACGUUUUUUGCGCCUGCUCAACUGAUUAUCGAACUACAUUUUUGCAAAAAUUUCCGUGUUUCACGCUACCACCACAGUACAGAAGGCGCGCCUCAGGCGGCACUGUUGCUAGCGGAAGCGUGUUAAACACUGGCGUUGGCGCAUUUAGCAUUCGAGCUGUUAGGCAUAAUUCCGUACCUGCUUCAACUGCCAGCAGUAACAGCAACAACAAUCGAACGAGUCUAUGUCAACCACCAGUGCGAAGCUGCACGAUGAUUCCCAGUGAAACUAAUCAAUUGCUGCUCGAAACAACAGCAACAUCGAUAACUGGCAGGAACAGUGGAUCAUGUGGCGAUGAUGUCAAACGGAAUACUAACUGCCACAGUGAUCUAAACAAGAGAGGAAGUGGUACCUGUAGCAUCGCGAAGUCAUUAAGGAAUGGUGGCAAAGCGACUUCAGUACCGAGUAAUAAAAACUAUAACGAGGUCAAUAGCAGUAGUGGUGGUACCAAAAAACCUUCGACAGUAAAUGAAAAUCCCAUCGAAGUAUCUAGUCUCGAUGAUUUUUUAUGA